CUGGGGGGUCGUGGACAUCAUAUAGCGGUGCACACCCAUAGUCAUUGAUGUCCCUGUUCACACUCUGAUCUGCAGUCACCAUGAGCGGGGCGCUGUCGGGGGUCUCCUGCCUGGUGACCGGGGCCGGGGGGUUUGUAGGUCUCCGCAUUGUGCAGAUGUUACUGGAGGAAGAAGAUCUGGGAGAACUCCGAGCCAUGGACAAGACGGUGAGCGGCCAUCUCCUCCAGACCUGUGAGCGUUCCCAGAAGAAGAUUCAGGUGAAGGUUCUGGAAGGAGAUAUCCGGGAUAAAGAAUUUCUACACAAAGCCUGUCAGGGGGUCGACCUGGUGAUCCACACAGCGGCCAUCAUAGAUCCCACCGGACACGUCAGCAAGGAGACCUUCAUGUCCAUCAACCUCCAUGGUACUGAGCUUAUUUUGGAGUCCUGUGUGAAGAACAAUGUGCGUUACUUUAUCUACACCAGCAGUAUGGAGGUCGUGGGGCCCAAUACUCGUGGGGACCCCAUAGUGAAUGGACACGAGGAUCUGGUAUAUGACAGUACAUUAGGCUCCUGCUAUGGGGAGAGUAAGAGACAAGGGGAGUGGGCCGUGCUGAGGGCCAGUGGUCGGGAGCUGCAGAAUGGGGGCUCCCUGGUCACAUGCUCCCUGCGGCCCACCUACAUCUUCGGAGAAGGGUCUCAGUUUCUCCAGAUGCACAUUGACCAGGCGAUCCAGAAUGGGGGGGUGUUCCAUAGAAUCUCUAAGAAAGAAGCCUUGGUCAAUCCAGUCUAUGUGGGCAAUGUGGCGUGGGCCCAUGUCGUGGCCGCGCGGGCAAUGAGAGACCCGGAUAUUGUCAAGAAAAUGGCGGGAAACUUUUACUACAUCUGUGAUGACACCCCGCACAUGAGCUACUCCGACCUGAACCAUGCGCUGGGGGCGGAGCUAGGCCUGGGGGUUGAGGGCCGCUUGGCCUUUCCCUAUCCACUGCUCUACUUUGUGGCCUCCAUUAUGGAGUUGGUCAGUUUCCUGCUCCGGCCCUUCAUCAGAUUUGUUCCGCCACUCAGCAAGCACCUGCUGAUCCUACUGAACACCACCUUCACCUUCUCCUACAAGAAAGCCCAAAGGGAUAUGGGGUACAGUCCCCGCUACAGCUGGGCAGAGGCCCGGAGGAUGACCUCCACCUGGAUAGCCUCCAUCCUGCCCCAACGCAAGGAGGAGCUGAAGAAGAAGUAGAGUAAGAAGAACAGGCAAAAGGAGAGGGAUGUUCCUUGUAGGAGGGACUUCAGAGCCAGGCCCCGCCCCUGCUGGUGAUUGAGGUUGAACAGCUUUAGAUUAACUCCUUCUUCACUGAUGUAAUAUGGCUGGAGGUCGUCUUUUUUUAUCAGGGUGAUGACUCAGAAGGGGCCCGAGGGACCCGCAGCUUUAUAUAAUGAAUGUUAUUCUGAGCAUAAUAAACAGAUUAUAUACUUUA